AUGAUGGAUGCGCACGCUGUCCAGCGCGAUCCCGACUAUGGCAUGUCGCACAUUACCAGUCUUCGCGAAACCGAGUAUCCAUAUCUUGACCACCGGAAACACACAUACCUCGACUAUACAGGCGCGAGUCUGCCCUCCAUCACCCAGGUGGAAGCGCACCAUGCCCGGUUGGCGAGCACAGUAGCGGGCAAUCCUCACUCUGUCAGCCCAGCCUCGGGCACGUCCACGGACCUCGUCGACGAGACGAGGCGUCGCAUCCUCCUCUUCCUCCACGCCGCGCCAGAGGAGUAUACCGUCAUAUUCACGGCGAAUGCGACGGCAGCGGCGAAACUCGUCGGCGAAGCAUACCCCUUUGACAAGAGGACAAGGCUGGUCUUGACGGCCGAUAACCACAACUCCAUCAAUGGCCUCCGUCAGUAUGCGCGACAGGCCGGCGCAGACGUGGCGUACGUCCCCAUCGCGGACGCCGACAGCUUGCGAAUAUCCACGUCUGAGGUUGGACAGGCCCUUCCAAAACUCAACACCCCCAUGAGGGAGACCUGCUCGUUCUUGCGUCCACGUCGCCGUCCCCGAACCGGUCUCUUCGCGUACCCUGCCCAGAGCAACUUCAGCGGCGUCCAACACCCUUUGUCGUGGGUCUCGUUAGCCCAGUCGCGGGGAUACAAAGUCCUGCUCGACGCAGCCGCCUACCUGCCCACCACUCCUCUCGACCUGUCACGGUGCAAGCCCGACUUUGUGAUCCUGAGUUGGUACAAAGUCUUCGGCUUCCCUACGGGUGUGGGAUGCCUGAUCGCGAGGCACGAUACCCUGACCACACUCGAGAGACCGUGGUUCUCAGGCGGCGCCGUGGACAUGGUAACAGUAGGGCGCGAGUGGCAUCGAAUGGCCGACGGCAGUCAAGCGUGGGAAGAUGGCACGCUGAACUUCCUCGCUAUCCCUGAUGUCCACGUCGGACUGAACAUUCUCGUCCACACGGUAGGGUACGACCCUUUGCGCAAAAGGCUUCGACUGUUAACGAGGUGGUGCAUCGACGCUCUGGACUCGCUGCAGCACGGAUCGGGCCACGGGGUUUGUCGUAUAUAUGGCCCACGAGACGUAGAAGCGCGGGGAGGCACGAUUGCGUUCAACGUGCAAGAUGUCGCGGGUGUUCUGGUGGACGAGUACUUGGUCGCCCGGGACGCGGCGGCAAACAACAUCUCCAUCCGCGCCGGCUGUUUCUGCAAUCCUGGCGUUGGCGAGACCGUCAGCAGGGCGAGUAAGCAGGUCUUACGCUCGUUCGCGCAGGAACGAGAGAAAGAUCGCGGUGGCAUGGGAGCCGUCCGCAUCUCCCUUGGCAUCGCCUCGACAGUCGGGGAUGUCGAAACCUUUGUUAGAUUCAUUGAGGAUACGUACAAAGACAGGAAGCUCGGGUAG